UAUUGGGACAAACAAUGUUAGAAAAUGCUCCUGAAGAUGGUCUUAUGGGUUUUACUUUAUCAGAAUGUGGCCGUGCACAAAUACAUUUAGCAAAUGAAGCAAUUGAACAUGAAACAAAAGUUGAACAAUAUGUUGCAAUUCCUCUUCAACAUAUUUUAGAUACAGAUGUACCAAAUAUAUUAAAACAUAAAAGAAAUUUAGCUCGAUUAAUCUUGGACAUGGAUAGUGUGAGAACAAGAUAUCAACAAGCCAGUAAACAUAGUGCUAGUUCAGGUGCAACAAAAGUAGAUAAUUUAAGAGAAGAGUUAGAAGAAGCUGAAGCUAAAGUUGAACAGUGUAGAGAUCAACUAGCAGCAGAAAUGUUUCAACUUAUGUCACGAGAAACUGAAUUAGCACACACUAUUAUACAAUAUAUAAAACUUCAAAGAGCUUAUCAUGAAAGUGCACUACAUUGUCUUGAAGAUCUUAUUCCAGGAUUAGAAAGUUAUAUUAAUGAUAAUGAAAUGAAACCAGUUUAUGGUUACCCUCUGGAAGAACAUCUCAGAGUCACUAACAGAAAAAUUGCAUUACCCAUUCAAUUAUGUGUAUCUGCAUUAUUAAGAUUAGGUAUGGAAGAAGAAGGUCUUUUUAGAAUAGCUGGCGCUGCAUCAAAAUCACGACGAAUUAAAUUAAGUUUAGAUGCAUGUUGUCUUACAUUACUAACUGCUCUAGAAUAUAAAGAUCCACAUGUCAUUGCUGGUGCAUUGAAAUCUUAUCUUCGAGAAUUACCAGAACCUCUUCUAACAUACAAAUUAUAUCCUGAAUGGAUGGCAGCUGCAAAAAUAACACAGAAUGAAACAAGAUUAAGAGCGCUUUGGGAAGUGUUACAUAAAUUACCAUCAGCAAAUUUAGAAAAUUUACGGUUCCUAAUCAAAUUUUUAGCUGUACUGACUAAAAAUCAAGAUGUAAAUAAAAUGUCACCACAAAAUAUUGCAAUUGUGAUUGCACCUAAUUUAAUAUGGAGCCCACAAGAGGAUGUAAAUACAAUGGUAAUGAACAUGAGCACAGCUAAUAACUCUAGUCUUAUAGUUGAUCAGUUGAUUACAUAUGCAGAUUGGUUUUUUCCUGGUGAAAUAGAUUUUGAUCGUGAUUUAGAAGUUGGUAUUAUAAAUGGUUCAGAAAAUCAAAAUACGAAUAUGCGCCGUUGUAUCUCUAAUAGUAGUCUUAGCGAUCAUGGUGAAAGUCCUCCACAAGGUAGUCCUAAACCAGCAACUCGUAGGAAAAACAAACCAGCUCCAACUCCACCAAAUAAUACUACUCCAGAUAAACAUGAUAAAAAAUCUGAUGAUAAACCACCACCUACACCUGAUAAACCACCUAGACCUUUAACAUCAGCAACUCUUAAUCGUAAAAUUCAAAAACAUGAAACAAUAAAUACUGAAUCAAUUAGUAAACAUGACAAUAAUAUAGAAAAACAAGAUGGAAGUUCAGAAAUAGAAAAUAAACAAUGUAAUGAAACGAAUGCACUAGAUUCUUCAUCUUUUAACUAUUCAGAAUGCAUUAAUGAAGUACAAGAAGAUUUACAUAAUGCAAAUAUUGAAACUGAAAAAAUUAAUCAAGAAACUCAAAGAUAUGAAAAAAAAAUAAAUGUUCCUAUUGCUUUUGAGAGAAAUACUAUAGAAAAUUAUAUAUUGUGCAAUAAAUCUGUUAUGGAACUUGAAAAUUCAGAAAAUUCUACACAUAAAUUAAAAAUAAUACCAAUUGAAAGAUCACUUCCUUCCACAAUAGAAAGACGUAGACCAAUAGCUGCACCAAGAAGUAUAACUAAUAUAGUACAUAAUACAGAAGAAAUAGUUGAAUUACGUAAGAAGUCGGAUAAUAAUCCUAUUUGUACAAGUACUCUUGACAGAAGUAGUAAACCAGCAAUACCAGAACGUCCAGCUGGAUUAAUUAGACCUUCAAGCCUCAUUAAACAACAGCCACGUCACAGUAAUGAAAACUUAGAUUCUGAAACAGGGCCUUUAACUUUGGAAAGAGCUCAUGUAUAUUCAGUGGACAAACAACAGGUCAGUAUAAUACAAGUGCGUGGAAAUGGCAAUGUGUUCUGCACCUCGGGCAACAACAAUGGCAACGCGGCUUCGAACUUACAGAGAAGCCCCAGUGUAGGUAGUCGACCUUCAUCUAUGUCCUUGUAUGGUGAACGACCGGAAAAGCCAGCCAAAUUAAAUGCUCCAGAGCAAACAAAAGCUCAUGUGCGAACAAGAUCAGAAGGAAAUAUUAUCGAUGUGCAAACUCAGACUGAGACGGUAGUAGUUGUUAAAACUUCACCUCCACAACCUGUUCCGGCUUCUCCAAGAUUUCAUCAAAGGCCUCCACGGCCACAACCACCGCCUCCACCUCCACCCAUCGCACGAAUUAAAUCAGAACAUGAAAGUACUAAUCUUUAGGAUUAGCUGUAAAAAAGUGAUUAUUAAGAGAACUUUAUAAAAAUUAAUAUUUUUAAAAAAUGAAUAUUAUAUAUUUCUUAUAAAAUAAUAUGAAAUUAUGAAAAAUUUCUGACAAAAUAACACAAUAUCUCAUAUUUUAGUAUUAUGAUUUUGAGAAUUGAAAUUGAAGCACACUUAAAUAAAAUUUCAUUUUAACUUUCUAAAAUUA